UCAGCCCAGUCGUCUGCUGGCAAGAUUUAUCAAUAAUAAUUUAACCUCUCUAAUUGGCAGUCAACAGUCAACUCGGUUCCCUAGAAGAGUGUUAGGUCAGUGGUUUAGUCGUUUGUUUAUAAAAUGGUGACUGUGUCCUACCAGUGGAUUAUUUUUAUUUUAGUCUGCAUCUUGCUGGCAGUGCAUCCAACUGUUGAACUGAUUGUUAGGGCGCCAAACAUUAGGCAAAGAAUCAGCCAAUCGCAGGAUGAGAAAGAGGAGGUUAGAAAUGCAGAGAUGGACGACCUUCCUUACGAGAGGGACAAACCGAGACUCAGUAUUGGUUCAGAGGUCGUGGAAGCAAACUUGAUGCCUUCCCCAAACAGAGUGAAAAGGAUGAAGAAGCUAAGGCGGAAACGUGCCGAAGGCGUGCUGAGAUCUGAUGCUAUCAUAUUCCCAGAUCAGCUGGAAUCUCAGAUAGAGCUCGAGAACCGUCAGUUUCUGGUUCCCAACAACGCCGCGCCACCCCCUUGUGCCAGGGGAGGGGGGGACACAUUCUGCGAGUCAGUCGAAGAAUAUCCUGCAGAACAUGUUAUGAGAGUGCUGAGGAAAGAACCGGUUGUUCUUAGGACCUUUUUCCAGGAUGAAAGGAAGCAGUUUACCUUGGUUGAUGAUGUUCAGGACAGAAUAGAUGCUUCUGAUGAAAACCCACUCUGUGCUGCCCAGGAGCACACUGUGUAUCCAAAGAUGGCCAAGAAUAUCGAAGGAAACUGGCUGUUUGUGAUCAACCAUGAUGAGUAUGUUCAGGGUGUUCGUGUGGAGAAGUGUCUAAAUGACCGAGAAUGCUCGUUCCCUGCCAGUUUACCGUACGGCUACCGGUCUCAAUGCAAGCAGAAGUACAUCUACAGGAAGUUGGUAGCCCUGAACGGCACUGGUCAGGGAGUGAUAUCCGACUCAUUCCAGUUUCCGUCGUGUUGUUCCUGUGUGAUAAAGCUUGACCAUAACAUCGCUCACAGCAGGUUCGGAGGAUCGGGUGUUGGAGCCGCCUUACCUCUCACUCUGCCCAAGACAACACCUACUCCGUCAUCGCUGCGGCACAAACCUAAAUCUUGAGCGAAUCGUACGUCGGCUAGUGUAUUCUCGGCUUUAACAACCAAGAACAAUAGAGCGUGGAUUGCAAUGCUUAUUUUCCUCGAUGCAGUUAGACUGCCUAUUUAAUUGCUGAACAGAGUUAUUUUUAUCUUGUAUACUGAAAUAAGGACGAAUGGUGUCGAGUAUUGAUAAGUUCCUGCGGUUAUUGAUCUCAAAAGGCUUUUAGAAUUUUUAUCAUUUAUUUGUGAGUGUUCUUUGAUACGUUUAAAGCUGUUAAAGAAAACUUUUUUUAUAUUUGAAAUUAUUUUUUUUAAUAUGUUGUAUUUUUAUGACUAACUUUUCAAAAAUAUAUAUAUUGAAAUUCAAUAAAAAUUUGUGUAAGCUCAAUAUAAUAAGGUGCAGGUGAGGAAAAUGAGAGUGUCCAAUAAAGAUAGAAAAAAAACUGUUCACAAAACUUUAAAAAAAUACCAAGGUAUACAGUGCUAAAAAUGUAUUCACUGAAAUUUUUACUCAAGUUCAUUUACAGUUUAUUCAUUGCAGUGGAAUUUGGUGUUCCAAAAAAAAUAUUCUUUUUUUAGCUCCUUUAGCAAAACGUUCAUCAUCCAAUGAGAAUGCUACUGCUGUAAAUAAUCCGUCACAACAUUCCAAUGAGUAUAUGAUGCAGCCCUCCACUUAGUUACUUGGUCGGAGUGACUUUAAAAUUUGAUGGCAUGGUGGGCGUGUUUCUUAAGAUUCCAUAAUAUUAGGUUUGUAUCUGUCCAGAUACAAACCUGUUUUAAUGGAAUUUUAAGAAAGCAAACAUGCCAUCAAAUUCUAAAGGUACUCCGAUCAAGUAACUGAGGCUUUCUACAUAAUGCGUUUGCUUCUCCAUCGAAAUAUCGGACUUUGCGUCUUUGGACACCUUCAACCAAGCAUAAAAGAAAGUUAAUCACAUCUCAAUCAUCACCUGUUGGUUCAGAUCACGUCUCAGCUGACGAUUCACAUUUGCUAAAUGCAUCUAACAAAAAAAUGUCAAGAUAAGUUAUGGCACCGGCAUACAAGCAGUUUAAUCCACUCAUUUGAAGAAAAAGUGGCAGUGGUUCUGAGCUUCAGCCGAACAACAAAUGUUUUGGAGUUAAUUUAGCCAAUGGACAUACAACAGUUGUUGAUAUACGUUGUCUUAGUUUAUUGCAGUUCUAUGUUCACAAACAAUCAGUCAACAAGCCGACCUUUCAUCCGAAUGGGAACUUCUUCAUUGCUGGUUCUAGAGAUGGACUAGUCAAUGAGGCAUGAAGUGGAGGGCCGCCAUCAUCUACAGAUUGGAAUGUCAUGACGUAUCAUUCACAGCAUUCGCAUUCACAUUUGAUGGCGAACGUUUCGAGCAACGUUACAGAUUACAAAAUUUCUCAGGCAAUAAGUCUUUUCUCUUCAAACCUAAAAUUUGUAAUUUCUAUUAGAUUUGCAUUGGGUGAUCAGUUGAUUUACUAAUAAUAUCAGUUUGUAGUUUAUUAUGAAACAGGCCCCUGGCAAUGUUUAUAAAGUAAUAUGAUCAUAAUUUUAAACAGAACACUUGCUAGAUGAUACAAGUUUACAAUUGUUGAGGUCAUACAAAAUUAUGGCUUUUUUAUACCGUACCUAUAAAUAGUUUAAUUUUUCAAGUUAACAUUUUGUAUUAAAGAUAUUUGUACAGUAAUAUUGUACCUCCUAAGAUAUAGGACUGUAAGUUUUUGGGGGGGAAACGCAGAAAAGGUUUUAUAAAUAAGUAAAUGUAUUUUUAAUCUGUAUAAUAGAUUUAUUGUUAUGUGUUCCACAUCCGAGACACAAUAGUAUGUUAAGUAAAUUUAUAUUUUUGUUUUGCAUCUCCCUUAUCAAUGGCAGAGCCAUGCUUCUUCUUUUACAUGUGAUUCUCCUUAGACGUCUCUGAUGUGUAAAUAAGCAAUUAAAUAAUUUUUAGAAUCUUGUAAAGUUUUACUUAAACAUUCAGCUCUAUUAAAUAUUGUAAAUAUUGUACAUUACUCUUUGAUAUGUUACAUUGUAAAUAUAUAUAUAUAAUGUAAAUAUUGUAUGUAGACACUAUUAAACUGUUUAUUUAUAAAGCAACAGAUUUUUUGAUAUCCUAAAACCUCUGGUAAGUUUUACCAAUGACUACAAACACUUUAAGAAGCGAAAUGCUUAUGAAGAAUAGUCAGACUGGAAUUUUUCUGCCAAAAUGAGCUUACGAUCGCUG